AUGUCUGCUCAUCUGUCGUACAAUCAAGAACAGUACUACCAAACGAGGAGCUUCAAGGCGGUCGAAAGUUGGGAGGUAGAUUACGGUCGGAUGUCAAAGGAGUGUUUUGAAGACCGCCAGCCGUGCUAUGUUCUGUUGAGGCUCGACAGUCGGGUCGGAACCCAUGAUGACUAUGAAUGGCUGUUCGUGACGUUUGUUCCUGACGAUGCAUCGAUCAGGCAGAAGAUGCUGUACGCGUCGACACAGAUGACGUUGAAAAAGCAAUUCGGCAAUGGCUGCAUCAAGUACGACAUGCACGCUUCGUCAAAGGCAUGUACAUACCCAAAUGAAGAGGUCAUGACCACUGCCGUAAAACGCUACAUUUCGCAAAAGUUCCUUCACACUGAUCAGGAGAACGCGCCUGACCCAUGGCCGUCGAUGGACGUCGCCAACAAGCGAAAGUCGAUUAACGGCAUCGACAUCUCUGCGAAGCGCGGCAUUGACUUCCCGAUCGACAAUACGGCGCUAGACGCCUUGCGCCAGUUACGGAGUGGCGCCAUUAACUAUGUACAGCUCUCGGUCGAUACUUUAAAUGAAGCAAUAAAACUGGAGAAGUUCGGCGUGGUGAACCUCGUCGAACUGAACAACGACAUCGCGAGGUCAAAACCGCGCUACCACUUCUACACGUUCGGCCACGUGCACGACGGCGUGCAGCGCAACCCCAUCGUCUUCAUAUACUCGUUACCCACUCUUGAAACGCCCAUUAAAGAGAAGAUGCUGUACAGCUCGUGCAAGGAACCCUUUUUGACAAAUCUCCAACAAACCAUUGGUCUCACCGUAGACAAAAAGAUUGAACUGGACGAUAAGGAAAUCGUCAGUUAUGAUUUUCUCAUGAAUGAGUUGUAUCCGGUGGUUUACGUGGCGUCGACCGGAUUGAAAUUCGACAAGCCAAAGGCCCCCACACAACGACGAGUGCAGAGGCUUCAGAAAUUUUAA